AUGGUCGGAUCCUGGACUACUGCGGCGGCCAUUGGCCUGCUUGCUCUCACAAACGCGUCUCCACUACAAAAGCGCGCACCCAUGUUCGACUACAACAACCAAAAGGUUCGCGGUGUAAACACGGGCGGAUGGUUCGUCCUCGAGCCCUGGAUCACACCCAGCAUGUUCGAGGGCAACAGCGCAAAAGACGAGUACACACUCGUUGCAGCUAUUGGCAAGGAUGCCGCACAAUCGAGACUGCGCAACCACUGGAACUCUUGGAUCACCCAAGAUGACUUCAACCAGAUGGCGGCUGCUGGUCUGAACCACGUUCGAAUCCCAAUCGGUUACUGGAGUGUUCUCCCACGUGAUGGCGACCCAUACCUGCCAGGCGCGUACGACAAGCUCGGAGAGGCGCUCGACUGGGCGUCUGGUGCUGGCCUCAAGGUCAUGAUCGAUCUCCACGGCGCACCCGAAUCCCAGAACGGUUUCGACAACUCCGGCAAGUACGGCAGCGUUGGCUGGACUCAAGGUGACUCUGUCGCCUACACCAUCAAAGUCCUCAACAAGAUCCGCGAUGAUCACGCGUCCCAUCCCGCCGUCUCAGCUAUCGAGCUUCUUAACGAGCCUCUGGGCCCCAGCCUUGACAUGAACACGGUCAGACAAUUCUACAUGGAUGGCUGGGGUAACCUCAAGGACUCGAAUGUUGCAGUUACCUUCCACGAUGCAUUCCAGGGUGUAACCUCGUGGGGUAACUGGGGUGCGGGAAUGUGGAACCUUCUUCUCGACACUCACCACUACGAGAUCUUUGACAACUCUGCCGUUGCCAUGAGCAUCGACGACCACGUCAAGACAGCUUGUGAUUUCGGUAACCAGAUGGCAUCCACUGGCAAGUGGACUAUCGCUGGCGAGUGGACUGGUGGCAUCACCGAUUGCGCAAAGUGGUUGAACGGAAAGGACAAGGGUGCGCGUUACGACGGUACCUUGAGCGGCUCAAAGGUCGGUAGCUGUGAUGGCAAGUACACUGGCAGUGUUGCUGGCCUGUCGAGCGACGACAAGUAUAACAUUGGGCGCUUUAUCGAGGCGCAGUUGGAUGCCUACGAGAAGGCUACCGGAUGGAUCUUCUGGACAUGGAAGACUGAGGGCGCACCCGAAUGGGAUAUGCAAGAUUUGCUGGCCAACGGUAUCUUCCCCCAGCCGCUAACCGCGCGAAAGUACCCCGGCCAGUGUGGCUAA